AUGAGAUUUCAGAACUUGAUACUCUCGGGUUUGCUUAAGUCUGAUGCUGAGUACCGCUACCUGUUGUCGAGUAUCGGUAUCGAGCUUGGGUACCGUUUGUGGACGUUGCUUGUGGUGAAGUUGUGGGUCGAGCUCAUGUGGAUUUCUCGCUUGCGAGGUGGGCCGUUGGUGUGUGUGAGUCAUCCGGUUGAGACCAUUGGAGGGCAAGCGAGCGCGAGGUUCUCCCAGCGACUUCUUACCGACGUUGGACGAGUGAUCGAGAGCCUUUGGCUGUGGUUGCUGCUGUUGCUGAUUCCGACCGUGGAAAGGGAGUCGCGAGCUAAAUUCUUCCUACCAUUGGUUGCUGUGCUAGAGGAGUAACUGUCAGAGGUAGUGGGUUUUGUUCAUGUAUAUACCUUAUGUCCGGUUUACUCGCUGGGGCGAGAUGUUAGUUUUGGUUCGAAGUUUUUGU